AUGACACCGUCUCAAGAAAAACGCCACCAUUCCAUCUUUGAACUUCCCCCAAACUACUUCGACUCUUGUCGUCUUCUCCCUUCACCCCACUCUUCAGUUUCCGACCUCUACGCAAAUCACGAAACCCUCCAAUUACCCUCUAACGACGCCGUCGUUUUGGGCACUAGGUUAACCUGCAAUACCUGUAAGGCUCAGUUCGAUUCCCUUCAAGACCAACGUUCCCACUUCAAAUCCGAUAUUCAUCGAUUCAAUGUGAAGCUGACAAUUGCUGGGAAACAUAUUGUGAAAGAAGAUGAUUUUGAAGUUCUGACAUCUGAUUUUGUUAAAGACUAUGAUGUGUCAAGUAUAUCUGGAUCAGAAAGUGAUACCGAUGACGACGAUGAUAGUGAAAAUGAGGGUCGAGCUCGAAGUGUUGUGCGUGGUAAGUACGGUGAAAGCUUUAAACAGAAGCUGUUUGUUUGUCUUCAGACAGGGCAGAGAGUUUCUGUGUGGAAGUGUUUGAUUAUGAAUGUGAGUGAGAAUGUUGUGUAUGAGGAUGAACAAGUGCAGAAGAAUUUGGGUGAGAGGUUGAAAUCUCUGACUGUUGAGCCCAGGGAUAAUAGCCGUUUGAGGAUUGUUUUGCUUGCGUCUGGUGGGCACUUUGCGGGAUGUGUCUUUGAUGGUGAAACGGUCGUGGCUCACAAGACAUUUCACAGAUAUGUUGUGAGGGCCAAGGCUGGGAAAAAACAGUCUACAAAUGAUGCUUCUGGCAGGACUGCACAUUCUGCUGGUGCUUCACUUCGUCGUUAUAAUGAACUUGCAUUAAAAAAGGAAGUUCACGAACUGCUUACUGCUUGGAGACCUUAUUUUGAUGCUUCUAUUUGCAUUUUUAUACAUGCACCUUCAAGUAGUCGUCAACUCCUUUAUGACGGAGAAAAGCCAUGUUUUACCAAUCCUCAAUGUGCCAGAAAUAUUUCUAUGAUUGUCCGCAGGCCCACUCUCAGGGAAGCAAAACGUGUAUAUGGCCAGUUGACCCUAGUAUCCUAUGAAGCAGAUGAGAAGGAAAUUUUACAAAGCAAUCAACAGGACGCGGUGCCACCAAUUCGUAUUGCUAAAGGAAAUGGCGCCCCACCUGCCAGCAAAGUGGACAUGGCUGGAUUGGAUAAAAACAACAAAGCCAAAGCUGGUUCCAGUAACCAAAAUGAUGAACCUCUUAUAUCGAGUAACGAUGAAAGUGAGAAUGACCUAUCUAGUAAGUCAACUCCUUUACAUCAAGCAGCACAAUCUGCUGACUCUCAAAAGGUUAUGGAACUCCUGGAACAAGGCUUGGAUCCAUGCAUCAAAGAUGAAAGGGGACAGACCCCGUAUAUGUUGGCACUUGACAAGGAAGUCAGGAACACUUUCAGAAGGUUUAUGGCUUCAAAUCCUGACAAAUGGGAUUGGAAUGCUGCAAAAGUGCCUAGUGCAUUGACCAAAGAAAUGGAAGAAUCACAAGCUGCUAAGCAGGCAGAAAAAGAUGCCAAGAAAAAAGCUAGAGCAAAAGAAUUGAAGAAAUUACGGAAGGCAAAAGAAAAGAAGGCUCAGAGAAGCUGCUCCACACAUCCUACAUCCGUUGACCCAGCAGCCGGUGACGCAACAUCCAGUGAUCCCAGCAACCGGCAACCUAGCAUCUCGCGGCCGGUGGCCUGUUUCUUCUCUGUUUCUGGCGGCUUAUUUCUGGCUGAAGCUGUUGAAAAACAAAAGAUUCAAACAUCUGCUACAGGACAAUCACAGCCAAAAAGUGGUGUGAAAUUAUCAAAAGAGGAGGAAAUGAAAAGAGCACAGGAUGAAGAAAGAGAAAAGAGAGCAGCUGCUGCUGAAAGAAGAAUGGCUGCCCUCAAAAUCCAAGCUGAUAAUAGCAUAUCAGAGGCUAAUAAAAGUGGAUUAGCUGGUGACAUAGUCUGUUCCUGUUGUAAUUCAUCACUUGCUGGUAAAGUUCCCUUCCACCGGUAUAAUUACAAAUACUGCAGCACUUCAUGCAUGCAUGUACACAGAGAAAUCCUAGAAGAUGGAUGA